CGGCGGGUUGACCUUGAUGACUGCGAUGACUUCUCGACUGCUCAUCCGGACGUUCGAACACUCUAAACUCUACUUUUCUGCACUUGACACUCUCCUCUACAAUACUCUGACAUAAAUACGUCAAAUCGCCCACAUCAAACCAUCACAUUUCGAGCGAUCCGCUCAACGCUUACCUAGAUGACGAACGCAACCGCCUCUGCCGCCUCGGGGUCUACCGCUUCGACCGGUCAUCGCCAUAUCGACUGGCAAUACGAACCUAGUGACGAGGAACUCAUCGAGGCGCAGUUUCCGGCUUCGGGUCAGGUAGACGAUGCUCUCGUCGGACCUCUGGGGGCCAAGGCGAUCGCCAGUGUCUCGGGGGCGAUAUCGACCAGUCUGCUGAUGACGCCAUUCGAUGUCCUCAAGACUCGAUUGCAAACGGUACGACCGAAUCAGACGAUCGUGCCCAGCGCCACACCCGCUUCUGUCGAGACGAUCUGUUGCCAAACCGCCGUCUUGCCAACUAGCGACGGAUCGGCCCAAGCUGGUCCAGGACCCAAUUCUUUACGUCAACGAAUCGCCCCCACCUCAUCAGCACCAUUGAAUACCGCCAACGCUACCUGUCUGGGAGCGACCAUCCCGUCCUCGUCCGCCCGACCCUCCUUUAUGCCCUCGUUCCCUGCGACAAUAGGUCGACCAGGGAUCCAAGCUGGUACGAUCCAAGCAUCAGGAGCCACCUUGGUACCACCUGCACCGGAAGGCUGUCUCCACCCAUCCAAAUGGGCAGGGAUCUGGGGAGAGAUCGUCACUCAGGAAGAAGCCGAGCGUAUCCGUCGCUCCCCUCUGCUCGGCGGCAAGGGUAUCACCGCCCUGCAGGAACAAGCACGAGAAGGAGCUAAAGAGCUUAGCCGGAAACUGGCUGGAGCUGGGGCGGAAGGAGGCUUCUUCAACGAGAUCAAGGUAAUCAUGGCCGAGCCCGCUGGAUGGAGAGGGCUGUGGAAGGGAGUUGGGACGGGUCUGGUUAUGUCGAUCCCCAGUGCGAGCAUCUACAUGUUGGGCUACGAAUACCUCUUGGUCGCUCUGAACGGCCGAAUACCCGGAUCGACGACGACAGGCGGGAAUCAAGUGGUGAUCACCCCGCAACACACGACGCUCGAACUGUCAAACGGUUCCACGCCUCAGUCCGCCCAGUCGACUUCGACGACAGCAGGUCAGAAUCAGGCUUACCUGUCACCUGUGCCCUUUGUGGCUGGGAGUAUGGCGAGGACGAUCAGUGCGACGGUGAUUAGCCCCAUCGAGCUGUUUAGGACCCGAUUACAGGCGCUGCCAGCUCCGGGACAGCCUGCACCCAGCUACGCUUCGACGUUCUCGAGCAUCACCACUAUGGUCAAGGAGCAGGGUACUCGAGCCCUUUGGCGUGGCCUGGGACCCACGUUGUGGCGGGAUGUGCCGUUCUCAGGGCUCUACUGGGCAGGCUUCGAAUCGCUCAAGAGAUACUUUACCGAAUCCCAGCUCAUCCAACCUGGAAUCACUAUGACCUUCAUCUCGGGUGCCUUAUCCGGUACCGCCGCAUCACUGGUCACUUCCCCCUUCGACGUCCUCAAAACUAGACGACAGGUCUUCACUCCCUCCAAAGCUUGUUCCCCAGAAGCCUUGGCUCAUCCUGCAAGCACUAUGCCCCUAUUAAGGCAUAUCGUGCAGACCGAGGGAUGGAAGGCUUUAUUCGCGGGCGUGGUGCCGCGAACGGCCAAGGUCGCACCGGCCUGCGGGAUGAUGAUCGCGGCUUAUGAAGGUGUGGGGCAUCUACUUGGAGGAAAGGCCGCGGAUAGGAACGCAUAGACGUCAGGUGUAUGAUGUAUUUGACAGACGGAAUGCUCGCCUCACCCUAAUCUUAGAUGCGUUAUUACUUGUAUCAACCUAAUUUUAUGCAUUAUCGAGUCAAGUCGUCAUCACCGAGGUU